UGUUUAGGGGGGUAUGAUAUGAAUAUAGAUAUACAUUUUUAACAUAAUAAUAUGCAAAUAACGAAACUAAGCAUCUGUGGAUCCGAGUCGAUAGAAACAAGAUAGAACAGACGGCCACUUUUUAACGUUGUCUUCUUCCUUUUUAACGUGAUCGACCUUUCAGCCCGCUUAUACAUACAUUGAUAUUAACUCUUUAUAUUACAGUAAUAAGUAAUAAUUAAUAUUAUAAUGUUAGUCCAAAUUUGAAUCUGCCAGUGUUCCUUUAAUUUCGCGUAUAUAAAUUGUUGAAGCAUUCCAUCCAUGCAUCCUCAAUAUUGAAAAAAUUAAAUAAUAUAUAUUGAGAAACCUCGUCAAAAUCAAACUCUCUGCUUCUUCGUUCUUUUCUUCUCCAUAGAAGAGAAGACACAAGAGAGAGCCAACACAAUUAAUAUAUACAUACAGAGAUGUAUCCUCCACCACCGCCGCCGCCACCGCCACCGCCGCUAACAACAACAACAGCAACAACAUCAGAUCAUGCACAAGCAAAACCGCCACCAUAUGAUCAUAACAACGCGCAACAAGCUCCACCACCUUAUUACUAUUAUGAUCAGAAUGCACAACCACCACCACCGCCGCCGCCACCUUAUUUCGAUCCUUGUUAUCAUCAUCAUCAUCAUCAUCAUCAUGCAGAGCCACCACCACCACCACCACCACCACCAAUGUACUACAUCCCGAAUCCAAUGUUGCCGCUCCCAAUUUAUACUAAUUCCGAAAAGGUGGAAUGGUCCACAGGCCUUUUUGAUUGCUUGUCUGACAUCAAAAACUGUUUGAUAACGUGCUUGUGUCCCUGCUUCACGUUUGGUCAAAUUGCAGAGAUGAUUGACAGGGACGCAUCUUCGUGUGCAAUAAGCGGGGCACUGUAUGCGAUGAUAUUGUUUUUCAUUGGAAGCCCAUGCCUAUACUCAUGCAUCUACAGAACAAGGAUGAGAAGACAGUUUCUUUUGAAGGAGACUCUUUGCUUGGAUUGCAUCGUUCAUUUCUUCUGUGAGCCAUGCGCUCUCUGCCAAGAAUAUCGCGAGCUUCAGAACCGUGGAUUUGACAUGUCUCUUGGUUGGAACGGCAAUCUUGACCGUUGGAACAACCAGAUGGCUUCACACCAACAACAACCACCACCUGUUCUAAACAUGACCCGUUAAUUCAAAACUGUUGUUGUAUGUUUUUCUUUUGAUUCAUAGUUUCUUUAAUUUGUGUUGCAUGUUCAAUUCUUUUGUAACAACAGUUUUGAAUAUGUAGGCAUCAUUGAAUAUCAUAUCCGAGGUGCCGUGGAGCGUUUUUUUUUGUACAACACAAAUUACUGUAUGUAUUAAUAUCAUUCAUUAUUCAUUAUCUUCUCUA